GGUCGCGCGGAGCAAAGUGAGCACCCGGAGGCGAGUGCGCCCGGCAAGCCGAGGCGUGCCCUUUCCAAGGCGGCGAGCAGAGGCCGUCACUGUCCCCGCCGGGUCCCGGGCCCCCGCGGCCCAUGCUGGGGGCGGAGCCAGGGUGGAGGGCGGCGGCGUGGCCGGCCCCGCGCGGUGAUUGGCGGGCGGCCGGCGGUGGCUGAGGUCCUGGUGGCCGCGCGGGCAACGCAGGCGGAGUCGCGGCUGGCGAGCCGAGAGGAUGCUGCUGUCCCUGGUGCUCCACACGUACUCAAUGCGCUACCUGCUCCCCAGCGUCCUGUUGCUGGGCUCGGCGCCCACCUACCUGCUGGCCUGGACGCUGUGGCGGGUGCUCUCCGCGCUGAUGCCCGCCCGCCUGUACCAGCGCGUGGACGACCGGCUUUACUGCGUCUACCAGAACAUGGUGCUCUUCUUCUUCGAGAACUACACCGGGGUCCAGAUAUUGCUAUAUGGAGAUUUGCCAAAAAAUAAAGAAAAUGUAAUAUAUCUAGCGAAUCAUCAAAGCACAGUUGACUGGAUUGUUGCGGACAUGCUGGCUGCCAGACAGGACGCCCUUGGACAUGUGCGCUACGUACUGAAAGACAAGUUAAAAUGGCUUCCGCUGUAUGGGUUCUACUUUGCUCAGCAUGGAGGAAUUUAUGUAAAACGAAGUGCCAAAUUUAAUGAUAAAGAAAUGAGAAGCAAGCUGCAGAGCUAUGUGAACGCAGGAACACCGGAAGAGUUUCUCUGCAAACAGUGCCCAAAACUUCAUAUUCACUUUGAUCGUAUAGACAGAAAUGAAGUUCCAGAGGAACAAGAACACAUGAAAAAGUGGCUUCAUGAGCGUUUUGAGAUAAAAGAUAGGUUGCUCAUAGAGUUCUAUGAUUCACCAGAUCCAGAAAGAAGAAACAAAUUUCCUGGGAAAAGUGUUCAUUCCAGACUAAGUGUCAAGAAGACGUUACCUUCAGUGUUGAUCUUGGGGAGUUUGACUGCUGUCAUGCUGAUGACGGAGUCCGGAAGGAAACUGUACAUGGGCACCUGGUUGUACGGAACCCUCCUUGGCUGCCUGUGGUUUGUUAUUAAAGCAUAAGCAAGUAGCAGCCUGCAGUCACGGUCUCUUACUGAUGGCUACACNUUGCAUCACAUUGUUUCCUGAAUUAAAUAAGGAGUUUUCUUGUUGUUAUUUUUUUGUUUUGUUCUGUUCUGUUUUAAGCCUUGAUGAUUGAACACUGGAUAAAGUAGAGUUUGUGACCACAGCCAACAUGCAUUUGAUUUGGGGCAAACACAUGCGGCUUUUCAGGUGCUGGGGUUGCUGGAGACAUGGAAGCUAAGUGGAGUUUAUGCUGGGUUUUUUUUUUUUUAAUGUUUUCAUAAAUUAAUGUCCACUUGUAAAGAUUAUUGGAUACUUUCUGUAAUUCAGAAGGUUGUAUUUUAACAUUAGUUUGCAGUAUGUUUCACUAUAUUGGUUAUCUUCCAUUUGACUACUUGGCAGCUCAAACUCUUAAUACUAAAGUAUUUUACAUUUUGAAGCUAUGUGAUACUGUUUUUUUGUUUGUUUGUUUGUUGUUGUUGUUAAUUUCUGAAAGUCAAUGAAAGACUGUAAUGAUGCGUUAAGAUGUUCCAAGAAAAAGGUGAGAAUUAUUCAUGGCAAAAAAGNUCUGUCUAGUGUAUAUUUUUAUUAUAUUGCUCUAUUUAGCUAAUUUUCUUUAUAUUUGCAAAAUAAUGAACAUUUCUAAUAUUUAUUAAAAUGCUUGAUUUGCAUACCCCCGAUUCUACAGAGAAUAAUGUGUAAAGUGUCAGAAUAGACUUGAAGCUCUGCUAUGACUCUGUCUCCUUUGUCAGAGCUUCUCGUAGCCCAGCUUCUGAGCUGCUUUGUUAGUACCUCCAGCACCUGUGCCGUUAAGUACUUAUAAAUGCAAGGGACCCCGUUAUCUUCAUAUCGGAAUAGACAUGAACAGAGCUCUAAGGCAAUGAAAGUCUGCCAGCAUCCUCUCUGUCCUAGCACGUGCCUUCUGCCUGGCUCCAUUUGCUUUGGCACUGCGUUCGAUCUGGAGUGUAGGUGCUCACUGCUUAUUUCAGCCCUGGCUCUUUGGUUUUGUGUCCUCCAGUGGUGCUGUUCACUGUUGGGGUGCAGGUGGUGCUGCCCUGACUCAGAGGGGCAGCUCCCUGGCUCCUGAGGGUGAGNCUUCUUGGCUACUACAGAAGUAUUGUGCGUUUGUUUAUGGCAAGAACCAUCAGGAUUGGAUAAAUUUGUUAUUUCUCUUUGAUUUCCAUGGAGCCACACUGUUGGUACAUGUCCCCUGUGAACAGAGCUACCUUUUAGGACCACAUCACACUGCCGUGAGUCAUGGGACAGUGUGUCCUGUGAGAGGAGGCUUUCUAACGUGUGAUUUGCUAUGUUUCUAUGUUGUGAUUUAAGCGUGAUUGCCUACUAGUCAUUCAAGGUAACAUUUCUGCAAAUUUCAUACAGAUUUUUGUCACAAAAUUACUAUACCAAUGAUCUAGUUGAAAUAGACCAAUUGAAUCACAAUAAAUAAUUUUUUUUUAAUUGAGGGAAAAUUUGCUUCUUGUUUUUUCAAAGCCAGAAAACGAGCCAUUUCAAACAUCUUUGAAGAGUCCUGUGCUGUCACUUGUUUUCUAUGUGUUAGUGUCUAUAUUCAUGUAUGGAUAUUCACACAUGAACAUGUAUAUUCAUACACACACACAUGCCAACAGAAUAUAACAGCCUAAAAACAAUCCAGCUUGUGUAUCAUGUUACUGUGCUGAAUUGUAAUGGUUUUCACUUACAAAGUGAGGCUGAAAUCGAUUUUAUGUCUUUGCUAAAUACGUUUUUUCAGCAGUCCUAUUAGAGCUUAUUUUGACCAGAUCAAAAUAAGUACAAGUUCAGAGACUUUAAAUAUGGCUGAGGUCUAGAGUGAUAGCUCAGUAGCUAGGAACACAUGCCACUCUUUCAAGGGCUUCAGUUCCCAGCACUCAUAUGGAGGCUCACAGAAGGCUGGAAUUCCAGCUCCAUGGAAUUGGACACAACAUCUGGCCUCCAUGGGUCUGUCUGUCUGUCUCCUCUCUCUCUCUCUCUCUCUCUCACACACACACACACACACAUACACACCUUUAAAUAUCAUGGAUAUGCUGUGCAUUUAAAUUUUAAGACACAGAACUAUUGGAAUUACAUGGAUUAUAGUUGAUUCUCUUUGAACAGGGCACAGUGUUCUGCGUAAGAUCUCUUGAUCUUUAGCACUGGGCUCACUCUCCUCACAAGUAGCCUAUCAAAUGUGAUAUCAGGAAAUACAUUGUGUCAAAAUCUUUGAAAAAUGAGAAGAGUCUCCUAAACAUGUUUAUUUUGACUUGACAUCACUAUUUCCUGAAAAUUAACUGUCUAUGAUUCCUUUCACANAGUUUAAGAUCUUACUUGUAUUACCAUUGGCUUGAAGCUUAGGGGCUGCAGUUGUUCUCCUUCAUAAGACUGCCAUCCGUGUGCAUGCUUUUAUGUUUUUCAGAAAGGAUGUUGGGAUGAAAGUAAGAAAACAAAUAAAGUCUCUCCUUGUCUCUCA